CUGAGCUUCCUUCGAUUCGAUACUAAGAUCUCUCUAGGUGGGGUACUCAGACCGGCUUGGACUCUUGCUCGCAUAACCAGCAAAAUGGAUGCAAAUGAGAAUGUUGGCCUCGAAGAGCGCUUGAAAUCCGCCCUCUGGCUAUCCAUUGGAAAGAUUGUGGAUGAGGAGACAAUCAAGCUCGGUGUGAACGCCACACCUCAGUUCAUUGGUGCACUGACCGAGCUUGUCUGGGUUCAGAUAGAAACGGCGAGUCAAGAUCUUGAAAGCUUCGCGAAGCACGCAGGUCGGUCAACGAUCAAUGUAUCGGAUGUGAUGAUGCUGGCACGCCGAAACGAAGGACUCGAGUCUAUAUUAAGAACAUAUAUCGCUCGACUACGUGAGCAAGAAAACGAAGACUGAAGAGUUGGGUGCGCCGAUAAGACUAAACAUUUUCCA